AUGAAUAAAGAUGAUGUUAUAAAUUUCUUAUAUCCCACAUCUGAAGAAGAAAAACCUAAAGAACAUGAUGUUUUCCCUGAAUAUUAUGAAGAACGGAUUAAAGAUGAUGAAUAUGAUGAAAUUGAAAGACUGGAAAAAAUAAGAGAUGAAAUAGAUGAAAAAAUUAAGGAAUUAAGAGAAGUUGAAAAAUAUAAUGAAAAUGAAGUAGAGGGUUUAAUGAAUAUCCCAGCUUCAGAAUCAGCAGUUCAAAAAUCUCAUGAAGAAAGAUAUAAAAAUUAUGUCUCAGAAUCAACACAAAAUUUAUUAGAUGGUGAAAUAGACGAAACACUUUCAGAAGAAGGUACUAAAUUUAUUCGUAAACAUAAGCUUCAGUUUAUUGAUAAUGAAGAAUACCCUUGUAUCUUACUUUCACCCCCUCUCGAUUCUGAGAAAUUCAAAAAAGCACUGAAAAAUGUAACAUAUGCAACAAAUACGAUUAAGAAAGAAGACCAUGAUAUUUACACAAAUUAUUAUUUAAAUAAAUGCACAGGUGUUGAUAAAGUUUUUGAUUUAUUAGAUAAAAUAUCAAAAGAAACCAUUG